UUAGCCUUCUUGCUCUAUGUGGGUGGAGCAGCUGAAACUUCCUCUUAACAAAGAGAGUAGUCCAGCUCCCCUGUUUAUGUUGUAUGUCUGUUCAAACUGGCAGGCAAUAAUGCUACCUUAUGGAAGAGAAAGUCCACUUCAAUGCCGUAGACCUACAGGAGGAGGAAGAGUCUUGCGUGCACCAUCUUACACCUACUGUUCCAGCCCUCAAGCUCUCCAGAAGCCCUCUGAUCCUCGAGCAUAUCUGUUCUCCACAGUCAAUACUGUGAGUCAUCCUGGCCUUGACUGCUUAUGUCCAGAUACUCCUGAGUGUUUGACUGAAAGCACAGAAAAAUAUGAAUUGGACAGCUGUUCUUCCAAACUAUGGCAAGACUCCCACUCAGGCUUGGAUGAGAUGCAGAAACAAGUACUUGGCACAUGUGCAAGAACCAAACCCAUCUUCAUGUCCCUUCUCAAGGUGCCCCUGAUAUUUGGAUUUUUGUACCUGUUUGUGUGCUCCCUUGAUGUCCUGAGCUCUGCCUUCCAGCUGGCAGGAGGUAAAGUAGCAGGGGACAUUUUCAAGGACAAUGCCAUCCUCUCCAAUCCAGUGGCAGGGCUUGUAGUGGGAAUCCUCGUCACUGUCCUGGUUCAGAGCUCCAGCACCUCUACCUCCAUCAUUGUCAGCAUGGUCUCUUCUGGAUUGUUGGAGGUACAUUCUGCCAUCCCCAUCAUCAUGGGCUCCAACAUUGGAACUUCAGUUACCAGCACCAUUGUGGCACUCAUGCAAGCUGGUGACCGAAAUGAAUUUAAGAGGGCCUUUGCAGGUGCUACCAUACAUGAUUGCUUCAACUGGCUGUCCGUGCUGGUUUUGCUACCUCUUGAAGUGCUUAGUGGCUAUCUGCACCGUAUCACCGAGGUUGCUGUGGCAGCCCUCAACUUCCGCACUGGACAGGAUGCCCCGGAGCUGCUGAAGGUUAUCACAGAGCCCUUCACUCAUCUUAUCAUUCAGCUGGAUAAGUCAGUAAUCUUAGGCAUCGCUGUAGGUGAUGACAGCUUGCGGAACAAGAGUCUGAUCCGGGUGUGGUGUGACACACCAUUCUCACAGGUUUAUUCUACAGGAACUAAAGGAAAAUUUCUGAACUCUAGCUCCCUUGCCCCAAGCAGUCUGGAAAGUGCUGGGAACCUUAGCAGUGCCACGCAACAGAAAUGCAAUCACCUGUUUGUGGACUCCUCUCUGCCAGACUUAGCUGUGGGCCUCAUGUUGCUGGCUGGCUCUCUGAUUGUGCUGUGCUCCUGCCUGAUCAUGCUGGUCAAACUGCUGAACUCUAUGCUGAAAGGCCAGGUGGCCAGAGCUAUCCAGAAGGUCAUCAAUACAGAUCUGCCAUCCCCUUUCAGUUGGGUCACCGGUUACUUCGCCAUGCUUGUUGGUGCUGGAAUGACCUUCAUUGUACAGAGCAGCUCGGUCUUCACUUCAGCAAUCACUCCACUCAUUGGCCUUGGGGUGAUUAGCUUGGAGCGUGCUUAUCCACUCACACUGGGUUCCAACAUUGGAACUACAACUACUGCUAUCCUAGCUGCCUUGACAAGUCCUGGAGACAAAUUGGCCAGUGCUUUCCAGAUUGCCCUCUGCCAUUUCUUCUUCAACAUCUCUGGAAUCUUGCUGUGGUACCCUUUGCCUUGCACCCGCCUGCCUAUCCAGAUGGCUUGGGUGCUAGGAGAGUGCACAGCCAAAUACCGCUGGUUUGCUGUCUUGUACCUGAUCAUCUGCUUCCUACUGUUGCCAUCCCUGGUUUUUGGACUCUCCAUUGCAGGGUGGCAGGUCCUGAUAGGUGUGGGAGCUCCUUUCCUGAGCCUUCUGUCCUUUGUGGCCUUUGUCAAUAUCAUGCAGUCAAGAAGCCCUGGUCGAUUGCCCAGAUGGCUUCGGACUUGGGAAUUCCUGCCAUACUGGCUACACUCUCUGCAACCCAUGGAUGCAGUCAUCACCAAAGCCACAUUAUGUUGCACUGACUCAGGCAGCCAAGAUGAGCACAGUGAUGUGUCUCCUCAGGUCAAAGCCAGAGGAGGCCUGCACAACCCUGCAAUCACCUUCUUGGAGGAAUUGUCUCUACCGCCCCAGCUAAAUUCAUUGCAAGUGAAAAGUGCUACCCGUUUGUAA